AUGACAAAAAAUUUCAAAGUCAAGUCAAGAGUCAAAUCAAAAGGAAAAAAGUGGAGGUUGUUCCAUGCUACCGAUUUUCAAUCUUUGAUGUAUCCCAACUUUACAAUAAGCAAAAUUCUCGGAAUAUUUCCAUAUAAGAUUAAGGCUUCGUCUUUUGAAAUUUCUAAACCGCGUUAUAUUCUGUGCACUAUUAUUCUCUGUGUAAUCUGUGUUUAUGAAUUAAUAAUGUUGUAUAAACUCAAUCUCUCUGGAAAAGUCAGGAUUAAUGUACACAUACUUAUUUCGUCAAAUUUAACCUUUUUAUAUGGAUUGCUUCUAACGGUUAUUUCUUGUAUCUUGAGCUGUCCGCGAAUGCACUUACUUCAGACUAUAUCAGAUAUUUCUUCAAGACUACCACAGCAGUCAUAUCAGAAACUAUCCAAAUUAAUACACGCUAAGGAUAUUUUCGGUUUUUUCUUUCACUUCUGGGCAACAUCAAUGUAUAUACCAUAUUUUGAAAUUCCCGAUUUAUAUUUCCAAGGAUUCGGCAGAAUUUUAGUCAGCUUGUUGGCAUUUCAAAUGGAUAUGCUAUACAUAAAUUGCGUGUGUGUCAUAAAAGCCUGUUUCAAGGAAAUCAACGAUAAUAUGGAGAAUUUACGGGAGCUUGUGAUGAAUAAUAUUCCCAGAUGGAUCUAUCAUGAGCAGAGACAUCCGUUCUUGCUGAUAAAACUUAAGGCUCUGAAGAAACAGCAUCUGAUGAUAAGUGACACAGUGCAGAUGCUUAACAUGAUUUUCAGUCUGCAUCUUCUUGCUUCUAUAGCUGUAUCUUUCAAGCAGAUAAUAUUCUACUUGUAUUUCAAUGUAAUACAAUGGCAAAACGGGAUAUCGUUAAAUCGAGACAGGAUUUAUAAUGCAUAUUUCAUAUCAUUCUUAAUAUAUUACUUUAUAAGAUUGAUAUUGAUAGUGUGGGCUUGCGAAACUGGUAAAAAUGAAGCGAUAAAAAUUAGCAUCAUCAUUCAUGAUGUACUUAACAGCACCAGAGAUGUACAAAUUAAAAAUGAGUUAAAUCUGUUUUCCUUGCAAAUAUUACAUUGCGAUAAUACAUUCUCCGCAAAAGGUUUCAAUAUAAAUGCAGCCUUGGUCACUGAGAUGGUAUAUGGCAUUACCACGUAUCUGUUAGUCUUAAUACAAUUUUUAAUCAUUGCACAUUCUUGCGACAGUAAGUAA